AUGAUCGGGGCAACGUUCAAGCUUGAGUUGCAAGGCCCUGGUCUGAAUUUCAAAGAUCGCGCGAUUGUGCGAGAUGCGGGCACCGGUUGCCCUGGCAGAUCGGACAUGGCAUCCUCAGACAAGCGGAGACAUUCCUUGUCCGUUGCAUCUUAUGUGUAUCACCCGCAUGCAGAACCCUCACCCCUGGUGCAUGGGGGACCAAUUAUCGAAUCUGCAAACCAGCCUGGGUGGCUUAAAGCCAGCUGGUAUCCUGUACAAAUGCGGAUUCGUGGUUCCUUUCCAAUUUGCUAUUGUGCAGCUUCAGACGAACAGAAUUAUCUUGCAAGCUCCGGCAUUACACUCCCACCAGCGGAAUCCCCGUGCGACCGGGAUAAUGCCUUGUAUCGCUAUGCUGGCGUGAUUUAUGCGAUGGGAAUCCAGCACAGUGAAGAUCCCAUUGCUGCAUGUUUGGUGAUAAGCCCUGGUCAGAUCCAGCAGGACUGUCAGGUCACAGUUCGUUCAGACCGUGGUGGCUUGUCAGCGCAGGACAUGGCCGAGCUGACGCCAGGUGAUCCUGCGGUGCCAUGUGGCGAGUCCAAUGCAGGCACGAUGCUACAGCCAAGGAGAGGAGAUGCAUCUGCCUGGACAUUCCAGGUUCCAACAGGCACAUCUACAGAUGGCUUCAACACCGUCAGCACAUCUUCCGGAGCCCUGCGGCUCCUGAAGGUGUGCUACUGCGAGAACUAUGCCAGCGCUUCUUCGGACGGUGCUUGUGGGGCAGCUGACUGGCAGCAUGCAGGCACGCUCUCUCUCGUAGGCUUCGCCGGAAACACAGUGCCUGAAGUCCACUGCUACCGAGGGCAGCUCUGCCGCCUGGGCAGGGCGGAAGCCUUCGGUAUGGGCCAGGGAGAUGCUGUCGUGGCUGUUGCCGGAAACUCCAGCUGCGCGAAUCUGGACGGGCAGGUGUUCGCCUCCACUUCGCUGGUGACCCUGCUUGGCGACAGCACUGCCAAAGUGAGCGUUGAUAUCCAAAACUAC